CUUUCUCUGCAUUUUAUGAUAAAUUUGAUAUUGUACUGCAGGACAGUAAAAUAUGUGCAAAUACACUUUACCUAUUAUGUAUACCUGUGCAUUUUAAAGCAUUCAUUGUCCUCAAAAGGCAAUGGUAUUACUCAAGAGCAAAAGGAAGAAGUAAAAGAAAAUGAAAUUGUUUUAUCAGAAGAAGAUAAAAAAGCCAUAGAAGCCCAGAAGCUGAAGCAACAAGCAAUUGUGCAGAAAGACUUGGGCAAUGCUUACUUUAAAGAAGGAAAAUAUGAGGCUGCUAUUGAAUGUUAUACUCAAGGAAUUACCGCAGACAGUACAAAUGCACUACUACCAGCAAAUCGAGCCAUGGCCUAUCUGAAAAUCCAAAAGUACAUGGAAGCGGAGGAAGACUGCACACAAGCCUUAGCUCUGGAUACAACUUACGGGAAAGCUUAUGCCAGAAGAGGGACUGCAAGAGUAAUGCUACGAAAGCUGAAGGAAGCAAAAGAAGAUUUUGAAACGGUUUUAAAACUGGAGCCUGGUAACAAGCAAGCAGCAUCAGAACUGGCAAAAAUAUCUCAGGAACUUGGUGACAAAACAGUAAUGCUCAGCCAGAAUGAUCUUGCCAAUCAAAGUAAAGGGAAAGAUGAAAGGAAAUAUUUAAAACCAAUAGAAAAACCUGCACAUCUGAGGUCUACGAAACCUUUAAGGCGGAUGGAGAUUGAAGAACUUGGAGCCAUAGCCAUAAAUCCAGUAAAUGUUUUGAAAGAAAAUACUCCCUGUAAUGUGAAAAUUGUCAGCCAAGUUGAGGAGCCUCAAAAAGAGAAUUUGAAUGUUCAAGAACAAAUCUCGAUAUCGCCUGAUAUUCCCAGUGCUAAGAUCAUAAAGAUAGAGGAAAUUGGUGAUGCACCAACCUUGCAGAGAAAUACAGACAACCAUGUUCCGCCUCAAACACUGCUGCCGAAAGUAAUAAAUGACGUGCCACCAUUAUUGCCGCCCAUGACUGACGUUCCAGACGUCCCUACAAGUUCAUUUCAGCUUGAGUCAGAUUUCAGGAGUCUUAAGGGAAACCAGGAAAUGUUAUACAAGUACAUCAAGCAAAUUGAACCAUCCAUGUACACUAAAAUCUUCCAAAGGGCAUUGGAUCCAGAUGUGUUUAAUGAAAUGAUAAAGAUUCUACGGCUUAAAUACAUUGCAAAUGAAGAUGCAGCUAAAAUUCUGGAAAUUUUACAACGAUUGUCUGAACUUAGAAGAUUUGAUAUGGCAGUGAUGUUUUUAUCAGAAUCGGAGAAAGAAGAUGUCCGGGCCCUGUUUAAUUUUGUAAAACAGUCACUAAAGACAAGUGAUUCUUUUGAUGCUCUAAAGAAGAAAUAUGGCAUUUGAGCAUUGAACCAAGAAAUGUAUUAAACAUUAUUAAGAUUAAAUCUUUUUGGCAAAUUUAAUGGACUCUGUAUAAAUCCUGUACAAAAUAAAUCAAUUUUUUGUA